AUGGAAACAACCUACAAGUACCCGUGCUGUGACGGUGAUGAGCAAUGCGACGGCAGUGUUCAGUGCGAAAGAUGUGAGGAAUGGUACCAUUUCGGAUGCGCCGGUGUCGAUGAUUCUAUUGCGGAGGAAGUCUGGUUCUGUACGACGUGCAUCGGAGAGGAUAGCUCAGCCCGUCAGUCAUUGGGCGCACCAGGAAAGACAAAAAUUCACCCGGUAGUGAUCGAACAUCAGCCGGCCGAAGGUGGUACUAAUAAAGAGGUCGGUGAAAUAGCAAGUAAGGAAAAAGCGUCAAAAUCUCUUCGCAUUAGUAGAGAAAGAGCACAGGAUAAUAGUGGCUGUAGCGAAUCAGAGCAGGAUGAGCAAAUUUCGAAUGAUAAUGAACCUCGACGUGAAAUACACGAAAAGGUAGACGAUAGGAGCUGCAGCGAAAGCGGAUUGUUAGGCGGAAGGAAGCGCUGGAAAAAAAGGUUGCAGUUAGAAAAGACGAUCAACCAGAUUGCCGAAGAUGAUUCGGACACAGCAGGUGAAGAUGUAGAUGGAUCGAUAUGCAGUCUCGGGACGGUGCUGCCAGAGAAGCGAUCUACAAGGAAUCCAAAUGCGGAUGAACUGAAUAACAGCAAGAGUUCGACAUCAGCAAGCAAGAAACACACGACGAAAAGUUCGAAACGUUCCUCGAAGAAUGGACGUCCGUCAUUUGAAAAAGACGAUGAUAACCUGGAGUCUUCGAUGGGCGAGAAAGACUCUGAUGAUGAAAUUAAGGUGGAGGGACCAACUCGGCUUAAAAUAGCGUCUCGACAAGUGUUUCCAAGAACCUUGCCCAAGUUUUACGGUGCAGCCGAAGAGUGGCCGGUAUUUAUUAGCGCCUACGAGCAUGCAAAUCAGUCAUGUGGAUUUACCAAUGCUGAGAACCUGGUUCGGUUGCAAGAAGCCUUGAGGGGUAGAGCGUUGGAGACUGUUCGAAAUCGCCUACUUUUGCCAGAGAACGUCCCAUUGAUUAUAGAGAAGCUACGGAAAAGAUUCGGCAACCCGGAAAUUUUGUCGACUAGGUUGGCUAAGCGGAUUCAACAGCUAGAUGGACCAAGCUCGGAGAGCUUGGAGAGCGUAAUUGAAUUCGGUAGUGCUGUUGAAGAAUUUAGUCAGCACCUUAAAGCGGCUGGAUUAGUUGACCAUCUUAAGAAUCCGAUUCUAAUGCAGAGUCUAGUUCAAAAACUGCCAACGUAUUAUGCCAUGGAGUGGGUAGACUAUAAGCGCCGCGCUAAAACGGUGGAUUUGGAGCCGUUUGGGGCGUUUAUGGAAGGUCUCGUGGAAAAGGCGUUGGAGGCAACAUUUGAAAAGACUGAUUUAGAUGGAAAGGUGAAAGGGAAAGAGAAGCCGAAGUUGAAGGCCUUCGUUCACGCCACAGAUGUGGGAAACCAAGAGAGUCAGCGAAACCAAAAGGAAGCUAAAAAAGGGUUAGAGCAAAAGUCGUCAAAUCAGCAGCGACAACGAGAAUAUAACUGUUCAGUCUGUCAGAAACCGGGGCACUAUGGAAGAAGCUGUCAGGAAUUCUUGAAGCAGAGCGUUGAAGAGCGGUGGAAAACUGUAAAGCGAUUGAACCUGUGUCCACUUUGUCUGUACGACCACGGACAGAGAUCUUGUCGGAUUAGAAUGCGCUGUAAAGAAGAUGGUUGUCUUGAGCAGCAUAACACUUUGCUACAUUCGAGUGGAAGUGCUGCGCAAAUCCGAGCGCAGUGUAACAGUCAUCGGGAGAAGGGUCGUGCAGUACUGUUCAGAAUGGCUCCAGUAACGCUGCACCACGGUAGGAAGGCGGUUGACGUUCCCGCUUUGAUCGACGAAGGAUCAUCCAUAACUAUGGUAGAUAGUGAAGUGGUCGAAUUGUUGGGAGCAGAUGGACCAGUGGAACCCCUGCAGAUGUGCUGGACGAAUGGUGUGCAACGUACGGAGAAUCAGUCGAAAAAGGUGAAAUUAGAAAUUUCAGCCAAAGAUUCACCAUAUCGCUAUGACUUGUCGGAAGUUCGUACUGUGUCAAGAUUGGAUUUACCAGUACAACAGGUAGAUGCCAGAGAGCUGAAACAGCGGUUUGAUUAUUUGAAGGACAUACGACUUCCCAGUUACAAAAUAGCUGCACCAAAAGUGCUAAUUGGAAUCGACAAUGCUCAUUUGAUCGCUCCACUGGAAUCCCGACAUGGAGAUUCUGGUGAGCCUGUAGCAGUUCGUUGCAAUCUUGGCUGGAUGGUGUACGGGCCGAGACCGAGUGUCUCCAGUAGCGUGAACUUCCUGGGUCAUCGUCGAUGCAUGUGUGAGAAGUGCAGUAUAGCAGAUCAAAGGCUAGACGAAGCCUUGAAGCAACAGUAUGAUUUGGAGGAAGUCGGAAAUCCGGCAAUUCGGUUAGAGUCCAACGAAGAUCGUAGAGCGCGUGAAAUCCUGGAAACUACAACAAAGAGAAAUGGAGAACGGUUUGAAACUGGACUACUCUGGAGGAGAGAUGAUGUGUGUCUUCCAGAAAGCUUCGAUAUGGCUAUGAAACGCUUGCGUAGUUUGGAAGCUCGGAUAAACCGUAACCCCGGAGUGCGAGAAAAUUUGGAAAACCAGCUGGAAGAGUAUGUCACGAAAGGUUACGCUCAUCGUAUCACCAAGCGCGAAUUAGAAGAGACACCGCGGGGAAAGGAGUGGUAUCUGCCACUGAACUAUGUGGUACAUCAGAAGAAGCCAGACAAGGUACGAUUAGUGUGGGACGCAGCAGCGAAAGCUCACGGAGUCUCGCUUAAUGAUUGCCUGUUGAGAGGGCCAGAUAUGGUAACCUCAUUGCCAACGGUGAUAAAUGGGUUUCGUGAGAAACAUAUCGCGUUCGGAGGUGACAUCAGAGAAAUGUAUCACCAAGUGAAGAUUCGUUCGAAAGAUCAACAAGCUCAGCGUUUUCUGCUCCCAGGCCCCGAUGGAGAUGUACAAAUCUACGUUAUGGAUGUUGUAAUCUUUGGUGCAAGCUGCUCGCCGUGCUCUGCCCAGUACGUUAAAAAUUUGAAUGCGUGA